AUGUUUGCUGCAAUUGCUUCUGGUAACCCAUUGCAGAUGAGCGAGGAAGUUCCAAACUCCAAUGGAAUGCAACAUACUAUUGUACUGAGCUCUACAAAACCCAAGAAUUACUCUCACAUAUCAUUGUUUAUAUUACCCAAUGUGACCUUCCCUGCGGAGUACAUAGCAACCGUUUACUUCAAGUUGACCCCAACAGAGGAUUUCAAACUGUUUGGCUACUUGAGCACCGAGAAGCCUAGUGCUAUCUUCAAGGUCAAACUCCCCCAGAGCCAAACUACGCCCACUCCCAAUGAUGGCCUAGGGGAGAUCGACAUGGGGGAUGACGAUGACAUCAGCAUGCCAGCUAACGGACCUACAACUAAUCAUAACAUAUCUCAGUUGAUCAUAGGUAUAUCUAUAGAGAACAGAAAUGAAGGAAUGACGAAGAUAAUGGAAUGGAAGCAGCAACAACAGUUGGCCAGUAGUACCGGUACGAACUCUCUAGUGCUAGCCCGCGGGAACAACAAUCUGGGUAUAAAUACAGUAGGCCAACUGGCAAAAGUGUACCCUUUACUUACUCAAGAAUUGGCAGGCAAAAUUGUACAGCAUGCCUAUAAUUACUUGACCGGUUUUCUAGAUGACAAUGGAAACGUAUCCAUAAAAAGAUUUGAUGGCUGGUGGGACAAGUUUAAGAAUAGGCUAGCUAACGAUGGGUCGUUCCUGGACGAGGUUACUGCAACAUGA